UACAGUAAAUUCCUGAGAUUGUAGCAGUUAGCAGUUGCGCACAUAGUUCUACUUUCCAAAUAUAAUUGCUAACCGAGUCUAAAUCAACUAGUCAACAUGGGAUGUGAUGGUGGAACUAUUCCUAAAAGACACGAGUUGGUGAAAGGGCCUAAGAAGGUAGAAAAGGUCGAUAAGAGCGCUGAACUUGCUGCCCGAUGGAAGUACUGUGCACUGAGUCAGGAGAAACUGCGUCGCCCCAUCGUUGCCUGCGAUUUGGGAAGGAUUUACAACAAAGAUGCAGUGAUUGAAUACCUGCUGGAUAAAUCCGCUGAGAGACCCAACACUGAAGUGGCAACGCACAUUCGUGGUAUAAAGGAUGUUAAGGAGCUGAACCUAACAGACAACCCAGCCUGGGAUGGUGAGAGCAACACGAAAGGGGAUCGCUAUGAAGCCCUGCACCGUGCCAUGUUCAUCUGCCCAGUGGUUGGCUUGGAGAUGAAUGGGAAGCACAAGUUCAGUUUCCUGCAAACCUGUGGUUGUGUUUUCUCCGAACGUGCCCUUAAGGAAGUCAAAACUGAGAUCUGUCACAAGUGUGGAGACCCAUUCCAAGAGGGAGAUCUCGUUGUUCUCAAUGGAACCAACGAAGAGGUGGAGAAACUGAAGCUGCGAAUGGAGGAAAAGAGAGCCAAGGCCAAAGCAGCAAAGAAAUCCAAAAAGAGUAAAGUGUCUGAAAUGGUUUCCAAGUCAGAAGAUUCUGAAGCUGCUGGGCCCUCUAACUCUGCGUCCAGCUCUACGCCCAGCUCUACAUCAUCUGACCCCUCCAAGACAACCAAGCCCUCUUCCACCACUGUUGGAAGUAAAAGGUCCGUCCAGGACAUGGUGGACAAGUCUGAGACUUAUAAAUCCCUAUUCACCUCCCACAGCUCAGCCAAACGCUCCAAAGACCAGAUAUCAAACUGGGUCACUCACACACCCUACCACUUUUGAAUGCCCCCAGUGGUUUGUCAUCAUGCUUCUAUUGUAAUGUCUGUCUUUUAUUUCUCUUCAUUUACCUCUCAUUGUAUCUUUUAAAAUAGAUACAAUUGCUCAUGCAAGUUUACUUUGUGAAAGUGUUCGUUAGCAUAAUAGCACCAUUUUAAAAGAAUGAGUCAUAUUCUCAUAGUUUUUUUAUGAAUGCUUUAUUAUUAAUUAGUAGGCAAUAUGUUAUAUUGUCAAAGUGCCCUGCUUUUAAAUCCUUUACUUUGAUGUACUGAUGUCAAAUAAAAAUGAGUAAUACACUGUUGUAUUUGAAAAUUAUCAGCAAAACAAUAAAGUCGGCAUGAGUAACACAA